AUGUCCACUUCGACCUCGACCCAGCCGCCGUCCCAGAUCACCAUCCUCCGCAAGCGUCCUCACGGCCAAGGCGGCGCUCAGGACCAUGCCUACUUCCGCAAGACGGCUCGUGGCAAGCUCAUGCGCGUCGUCCGAGAGCACUACCUCCGACCCGCAGCCGACUUUCCCGAGCCGCCCGCCCUCCCCGCCGGCGUCUCGUGGGUCCUCCCCGACACCAACGCCAUCCUCCACCAAUUCGACCUCCUCGCCUCGCCCUUGUUCCCCGCACCGCUCCUCGUCGCCCAAACCGUCCUCGACGAGGUUCGCCACCGCAGCCUCCCCCUGUUCAACAAGCUCCGCACCCUCAUCGACGACGACUACGAGCUGCCCGACGGCGCCGCCAACUCGUCCGCGCCGCAGCCCAAGAUGAAGCGCGGCUGGACCAUCUGGAACGAGGCCAUCGAGGAGACGUUCCUCGAGCGCAACGAGGGCGAGACGCCCAACGACCGCAACGACCGCGCCAUCCGCCACGUCGCCUCGUACUACUCGGCCAUCCUGUCGUCGAGCGCCGCCAACAAGCGCCAGAAGACGUCGGCCUCGUCGAGCAAGCCCUCGCCCGCCGACGCCCCGCUCAUCCUCCUCACCGACGACGCCGCCAACCUCGCCCUCGCGCGCAAGGCCGGCCUCACGACCCUCACCACCAAGGCCUACGUCGAGUCGCUCCCCGCAGAACAGCAGGAGAAGCUCGUCGACCUGCUCGCCGUGUCGGGCGCGGGCCUGUCGGGACGGGGCGCGGGCGGCAGGGACGGCGGCGAGGGCCCGUUCUACGACGAGCACCUGCCUGUCAGCGUCCUCCAGGCGGGCGUCAAGGCGGGCAAAUUCCACCAGGGCCACUUCAACCCGAGCCCGUACAACCCGCUCGGCGAGGCCACGGUCAACUCGGGCGGUGGCGCAAAGCCCAUCCUCCUGCCGUCGCGCGAGGCCAUGAACCGCGCCGUCGCCGGCGACCUUGUCGUCGUCGAGCUCCUGCCCGAGAGCGAGUGGCGCAGCCCGAACGAGAAGGUCGUUGAUGCCGACGCCAAGGACGAGGACCCCGAGGCACCCGUCGACCCGACCGAGGACGGCUCCGACGCACCUGCACCCACCUCUGCUCCCCUCUCGCGCCCGUCCGCACCCGCCUCGACCCGCGACGUGCAGCCGACCGGCCGCGUCGUCGGCAUCCUCCGCCGCGCGUGGCGGCCCUACGUGUGCACCCUGCGCGUCACGUCGCUCCUCGCCGAGGCGUUCGCCACCACGUCGUCGCGCACGGUGACGGCGACGCCCGUGCAGCGCGGCAUCCCGUCGAUCCGGAUCCGCACGCGCCAGGCGGCGCAGCUCGCCGGCCAGAAGUUCCUCGUCUCGAUCGACCGGUGGGGCGCCGGCUCGCGCCUGCCCGAGGGCCACUUUGUGCGCGUGCUCGGCGCCGUCGGGAGCAAGGAGGGCGAGGUCGAGAGCCUGCUCGAGGAGUGGGAGGUGCCGUACCGGCCGUUCUCGAACGCCAUCACGAGCUGCCUCCCCGAGGAGGGCGACAAGUGGGUCGUGCCGGGCAAGGGCCCGGGCGAGGACCCCAAGGGCGUGUGGAGGAACCGGGUGGACCUGAGGGACGAGAUCAUCUGCUCGAUCGACCCGCCUGGCUGCCAGGACAUCGACGACGCCCUGCACGCCAAGCGGCUCCCGAACGGCAACAUCCAGGCCGGCGUCCACAUCGCCGACGUCUCGCACUUUGUCCACCCCGACAACCCGAUGGACGCCGAGGCGGCGUCGCGCGGCACGACCGUGUACCUCGUCGACAAGCGCAUCGACAUGCUGCCGCACCUCCUCGGCACCAACCUGUGCUCGCUCCGACCCUACGUCGAGCGCCUGGCAUUCAGUGUCCUCUGGGAGCUGGACGAGGACGCCAACAUUGUCGACGUCAAGUUCACCAAGUCGGUCAUCGCGAGCAAGGAGGCGUUCACGUACGAGGCGGCGCAGCGCCGCAAGGACGACAAGUCGCUCAACGACCCGUUGACCGAGGGCAUCCGCAUGCUCAACUCGAUCGCGCAGAAGCUCCGGGCCAAGCGCAUGGCGGCCGGCGCCCUCAACCUCGCCUCGCCCGAGGUCAAGAUCCACCUCGAGUCGUCCGAGCAGACGGGCCCGGUCGACGUCGAGGUCAAGGAGAUGUUCGAGACCAACUCGCUCGUCGAGGAGUUCAUGCUCCUCGCCAACAUCAGCGUCGGACAGCGCAUCUACGAGCAGUUCCCGCAGACGGCCGUCCUGCGUCGUCACGCGCCGCCGCCCAAGACCAACUUCGAGGUGCUCCAGGACGUCCUCCAGAAGCGUCGCGGCUUCACCCUCGACGUGUCGACCUCGGGCGCGCUCGCCGACUCGCUCGACAAGUGUGUGGACCCGACAUUCCCGGCGUUCAACACGCUCGUGCGCAUCAUGGCGACGCGCUGCAUGCUGUCGGCCGAGUACUUCUGCUCGGGCUCGCUCCCGGCGUCGCAGUUCUCGCACUACGGCCUCGCGUCGCCCAUCUACACCCACUUUACGUCGCCAAUCCGCCGCUACGCCGACGUCCUCGUCCACCGCCAGCUCGCGGCCGCCAUCUCGGGCCAGCCGCUGCACGCCGGGCUCCAGACGCGCGCGUUCGUCGAGAAGACGCUCGAGGUCGUCAACAAGCGGCACCGCGGCGCGCAGGGCGCAGCGCGCGCCUCGAUCGAGUUCUACGUCGCGUUGUCGAUCCAGAGGCGCGAGGAGGCGGCGCAGAAGCUCGCGCUCGAGGCGGUCGGCAAGGCCGACAAGGCCGACAAGGCGCAGGGCAAGGUGCGCGCCGAGGCGUUCGUCAUCCGGGCGUUCAAGAACGGCCUCGCCGUCUUUGUCUCGCAGUUCGGCCUCGAGGGCCUCGUCACGUUCAAGCGCGACCUCGAGUACGACGCAGAGUCGUACGAGGUGACCGCCGCCAACGCCGACGGCAACAAGGUCACGAUCGGCGUCUUCGACAAGGUCGAGGUCGAGAUCAGCGUCGAGAAGGACCGCAACACGCAGCGCGGCAAGGUCGUCAUGCACCUCAUCAAGCCGGUCGACUCGCGAGGGCCGUGAGUUGCCGCUCGAGCCCCCUCGCGCUUCUCAGCUCCUCCUCCUUCCGCAUCUCGCCCAUAGACCCGCAACGAGCUGUUGUAUUCCCUCUGC